AUGUCUCACUGUAAGGGAAUCAUCAUGAAGAAUCUUGCGUACGACUCUCCUAGAACCAACAAUAUGGAGAAAGUCUCUGCUGUGGAGCCCAAAACUUCCCCGGUAAAAGAGCCCUCCCCCAUCAAACCUCAGUGCUCUCUUGUAAGCGUGACCACGGUGGUGUUCUCUCCCAAGAACACCAGUGCAAUCCACAACAAGGAAAACAGCACUGGCAUGGUGCACAACAGGACUCUGGAGUUUGAGGACAGCGGGUAUCUGUCUCUGCAAAACAGUCACAUUGAGAGUCCUCAUGAGAACGAAGUGGAUGACCACAUCCUGGAAAAGCCCACAGUAGUGCUGCCCGCUGCUUCUCCUUCAAAAUGUCAAGAAAAGAACACACCUAGUCAACUGGAGGCAAUCUGCACUCCCGUGGAUCGUCCUCGGAGAAGAACUGCAGCAUACUCAUUGUCAUCCACCCCCUCCGACCAUCACAGCAACACCAACCUGCCUAUACUGAACUUCCAGCGGGUUGUGUGUGACGAGCUAGCUAAGAGCUUUGACAAGAAUAAGAGGUAUGACUGGAGCAUCGUCCAAAAGGUUGCAGAUGAUUUUCUUUUGGAUCGGGUGAUUGGACGUCAGAUGGGCUUGGAGUACGUCGAUAUCUUUCAAUGUCUGCUGGCCAGAAACAUGAGAUGUAUCCUGACAAACAUCCUGGCCUUACUGGAAGACUUGGACCUCGUUAGCUGUAAGAAAGUGAGCAGGACUUGGAGGAAGAUCAUCUGUGAGGACACAGCAGCUAGGAGGAGGUGCCAACGAGCUGAGCAAGAACUCAGGGAAUCAAGGAGUUCUCUGAGACAGAGGGGUGUUGGUCUGACGAGAGAUUUGGCCGUCUCCAGGGUGGUGCUGUCCUGCAUGCAGACCAUGGCUUCCUCAAAGGCUCAAUCUUCAUCCUCCUCUUCCAGCUGUAUUAUCACCAGACGAGCUGCCAGCUCACAGAAGGGCAGCACACCCAACUCCCACUACUCCAGGUUCGAUGAGUACAUGCAGGCUGCCAGCACUCUGAAGCAACACGAAUCCCUUCGUGCCUGCAGACGCUGCGGCUCACCAGCGAAACAUCUGGAUGAGGUUCAGAAGGCCACGUGCACGAGCCUCAGUUGUCUCUUCGUCUUCUGCACCUGCUGUCAAGAGGCUUUCCAUGGCUCGACCCCCUGCCGAACCGUGACACCCCGAGCCCACUUCCACAAGACGGCUCCGCUCAUACCCGGGAGCGCUCGCAGCAAGAGAAACAUCAGGCGCUUGUGACUGAGGCUUUGUCGAUUUUAUUCACAGCCUUUUUUUUUUUUUUUUUUAAAUGAGAUGUUUGCCUCUGAGCUGGGAGCGUUUCCAGUAGCACUGUCCAGACUUCGGACAAGGGGGAAUGUUUUUAUACAAGUUUUUCCUGAAAUUUGCUCCACUACAUGCACUUUUACUAAUACUUGUAUAUGGAAGUCAACACUGAGAGAAAAACUCAAAGAACUACAAAGACAAUCAACCACAAAAUAUAACCUGACUGUGAGAAUAUGCCAAAAGUAAAAAUAAAGACUUUUAUUUUGUUUUAAUUCAAAUGUAUGUAAAUAUAUUGUAAUGUAACUCUUAAUUUGCUGUUAAGUAGUUUUAAAUAAAUUUUGAUCC